AUGUCUUGCUCACUUGACGAAUUCCUGAGCAAACAUGGUCUCAAAAUCACACAAAAUCCAAUUUCUCAUAGAACGAUAACCACGAUUAAUCCAAUUCGCGCAGGGACAACUAUCGUAAAAUCAUAUCCAUUAGCUGCAUUUCCACUUCCAACAUAUGAGAAGGAAUUGUGCAAUCAAUGUUUGAAAAAUACAAAGCUUCAAGCCUGUUCUGCCUGCAAAAAAGCAUACUACUGUAGCACGAUCUGUCAGAAACAAGCUUGGUUUACGCAACAUAAGUUUAUCUGUAAGAAACAGCAACAUCCCAAAUAUGAAAAUGUAGUAGAAGGCGCUGAAUUAGACGAGGAAAUGCUUCGACGUGUUGCAUUACUUAUUUCGUCGUUUCAAUGUAGUCAUAAUAAUAGACUUGGUGAUUCUAAGCUCAAUAAAGUGUGUGAUAUUUUGCCAAAAGAAAUGAAUAUUACCCUACUUAUUGAAGUUUUUGAGACGUUACAGUCGCAUAAAGAAUCUCAUCCUCAUCAUACACUGCUUUACAUUGAUAAACUAGUAAGUUACUUGUGUAGAUUUGGAUGCAAUAAUUUCACGAUUCACGAUAAACAAAUGUUUGGAAUUGGGGAAGGCACAUAUCCAAUUGGGUCAUUAUUCAAUCACAGUUGUCGUCCCAAUGCCGUUGUUAUGUAUGAUGGUAAUGUUCAAAUUGUUAGAUGUAUUGAGGAUGUUAAUGCAGGUGAAGAAAUUGCAAUUGCUUAUCUUGAUGUGGUUCACCCGCGAAAAAAGAGACGCGAAAUUCUGAGGGAAAAGUAUUUUUUCGAGUGUCAUUGUAGGAAAUGUGGGGAUGAUGAUAAAAUAAUAGAUGGAAAAAGCAUCACUACGCGUGGUUUUCAAGACAUUUAUGUGAUUGAGAAAAUUGAUGUCAUUAUGGAGAAGGAAUUAAAUGAUUCUUUGGAUGUUUCUGACCAUAAGCAACGGAUAGUAUCUGAGCUCGAAAACCUCAAAAAGCAUUUUGGAGAUCACGAACUUAUCGAAAAGCCUCCAAUUUUAUUUUUUUUAACUAACCUUGUGCUUUCCUCAAUCUUACCCCAAUUGGACAAUAGGUUUGAAAAUUAUAUACAAGCGUUUGACACUCUUUUGAACUCUAUACACUUUUACCUUUCCUCCUCGUCAUCUGAUUUUCCGUCAGUAUUAAACCCCUUCUCAAUUGAUACCCUUCCAAUCGUUGCAUCAUCAUUUUAUGAAUUCGAGAAGAAACAGGAAUGGAAUGAUGCUGUCAGUGUUGGAAAGAUUGUUCUGGCGAUAUAUUUGAUCGCAUAUCCUCGAUUUCAUCCAAUGAUCGGAUGGCAAUUAUUCCGAUUAGGACAAUGUAUGAGUAAAUGUGUUAAAGAUGACGAUAUCGGAGGAGGAAAAAUGAGAGAAGAAACACUAGUCAUUUUGAGACAUGCUAAACGUUGA